GACCCCUUGCGCGCGGACAGUCGGACGUGACGCAGGAAGUAGUUCAGACGUAUGGGAAGUGUGAAAGUAGUAGUAGUAAGGCGACAAACGGAGCUAGAUUUUCCUUCGAAAAAACUUAUAACCCUCGAGUUCAGCCGUCCUUAAAGUUCCAUGGCUUAUCCCGGAUACGGAGGGUAUGGGGCCCCCAUGCCUGGAGGCCCCAUGCCUGGAGGCAACAUGCCAGGAGGCCCCAUGCCAGGUGGACACAUGCCCAACCCCAUGUAUGGGCAGAUGGGGGGCGCGCCACCCCAAGGAGGAGGAUAUGCGCCAUAUGGUGGAGGCUACCCAGGCGCGUACGGUGCCCCGCCUCCAGCCGCCAACGACCCCAUGUGGAGUUACUUCACAGCCAUAGCCGGGCAGGAUGGAGAGGUCGACGCCGAGGAGCUGCAGAAAUGUCUGACUCAGGCCGGCUUCACGGGCAGCUACAACCCGUUCAGCCUGGAGACGUGCCGGAUCAUGAUCGCCAUGCUCGACAGGGACCACACGGGGAAAAUGGGCUUCAACGAGUUCAAGGAGCUGUUCGCCGCUCUGAACGGCUGGAAGCAGAACUUCAUGAUGUUCGACCAGGACCGCAGCGGGACGGUUGAGCCGCACGAGCUGUCGCAGGCCAUCAAUGCCAUGGGCUUCAGGGUCAGUCCUCAGGUCUUGAACGUCAUCAUCAAGCGCUACAACAAAGGAGGAAGAGUCUUCUUUGACGACUACGUGGCGUGCUGCGUCAAACUGAGAACGCUAACGGACCACUUCAGGCGCAGAGACACAAUGCAGCAAGGAAACGUCACCUUCCAGUACGACGAUUUCAUCCUGUGCACCAUGGCCGUCUAAACCUCGCCGCCGUUGCAGCAACAGCUUGUGUAACCUCAGUUGUAACGCUUUGGCGCCGUGUGAAAGACAUCAUUUAACCAGGUGCACUUAGAAUAUUUCCUUCUACGCCAGGGAACAGCUUUAAAUGAGGGAUUUUGUUAAAGGCCAGACUUGUUUGCAAUCCAUUUUUUAGCCACAAGGGGGCAGAAGAGCCUUAAAUCUCAAUGUACUGUGCCAUUUUGUCACUAAAUAGUAUGUAUUCCAAACACAGCCAACUAUGUUUUAAGUAAACACAUGACUCAUUGUGUAA